CGGCGAUGUCUGGGGCGCGGGAGAAGAAGCGGGCCAAGAAGAUGAGGAACCAGCCGGCCAGCGUGACGCUUCCGGCAGAGCCGGGGCCCUUCGCCGGCGGCGGGAGCAGAGCCUGCCCGCCCCCAGGAGAUGUUCGUUCUGAGCAGCAGCAUCAGCAGCAGAAAUUUUCAAAUCAGUCAGCUGGGCCUUCUUACAGGAAAGACCAAUAUUUUCCAAAAGGGCAAAGUAGAGGAGAGAGAGCCAGAGGAAGAGGAGGAUGGCAAGGAGGAUGCCAGAGUGUUUCUGAGGAAAUGCCAAAAUACAUAACGGUGUCUACCUUUGCUCAAGCUCGUGCUGCUGAAAUCAAUGCCAUGUUGAAAGCGGUUUCGCAGAAGUCUUCAAACUCUCUAGUUUUCCAGACUCUACCCAGACACAUGCGAAGGCGAGCAAUGAGUCACAAUAUUAAACGCCUACCCAGGCGGCUCCAAGAGAUGGCCAGGAAAGAGGCAGAGAAAGCUGUACAUCAGAAAAAAGAACAGUCAAAGACUAAAUGCCGCAAAGCCAGAAGGCGCCACAUAAACUUGGUAGCAGAGUUUAAUCGUAGGCAAAGAAAGAAUAUUUGGCUGGAAACGCAUAUUUGGCAUGCAAAGAGAUUUCACAUGGUAAAGAAAUGGGGAUACUGUUUAGGAAACAGCCCUACAGAGAAGAGCUACAGGGCUUGUUACCGAGCCAUGACAAAACACUGCCUUCUUCAGGACUUAUCAUAUUACUGUUGCCUGGAAUUGACUGGUAAAGAGAAUGAACUUCUGAAGCAACUUACUCGAAUAUGUAGCAUUGACACAGGAUUAACAUUUCAAGAAGCUUGUUGUCUGUCUGGAAGAUUCGAGGGUUCCCUGAAUCUCUACCGAGCAGAUCGCUAUCCUGAGGAGAUGCUUGGUCCUGUUACAUUUAUUUGGAGACCCAGGGAUGGGUCUGAACACAGACAGUUGUGGAUAUGGGUUCAUCCAGCUCUAAAGCAGGACAUACUGAGGGAGUUAAAAGCAAUUUUUCAGUGUUCGGAGCCUGAAGAAAUCUGUAUUACUGAGCCUGUUACAACAUCAAUUCAAGAGGAAAAAGAAAUGGAGGUUGUUAUGAGCCCUGGCAAGAAAAGAAAGAAGGAGGAUAAAGAAGGAGAAAAAGUUGUGCCAGUUAAAAAAAUAAUUGGUGAUGGCACUAGAGAUCCAUUUCAGUCCUACUCUUGGAUCUCACAGACUACUGGUAUUGGAAUCAGUGACAGAAGCAUGGAGAUUCUCAGAUACAGGCUGAUUGGCCCGUUGUCACAUUCAGUCCUUACAGAGACCCUGAAAGCUGCUUCUGUCCAAACAGAGAUGGCAGACUCAGAGACGGAACUGAAUAACUGGUGGGUAGAAAACUGCAAGGACUCUGAAAAAGUAUCUCUUCAUCAAUGUCAAAGUGCUAUCUUUGAGCUACUAGAAGGGAUGAGUUCACCAUCAGAAAUGCCAGCAGGUACAAUUCUUGGCCUAACUGUUGGAGAUCCUCGAAUCAAUUUGCCAAAAAAGAAGACAAAAGCCAUGCCUGACUUUGAAAAAUACCAAGAUAAAGUUAGGCAGCUGUACCUGGAGGGUGUACCCCUAGACUGUGCUCACAGCUUUAUCUGGGACCAGGACAUCUGUAAGAACGUCACUGAAAAUAAAAUCUCAGAGCAGGAUUUAAACCAUAUGAGAGCUCAGUUACUGGUACCUGGAUCACACCUUGAUUUGGGUCCUUGUGAAUCUAAGAUUCCCAUACUGUUGGUGCAGCAGCCAGGGAAAAUGGCUGGAGAAGAUCGACCAGGAUGGGGCAGUGGCUGGGAUAUCUAUCUCCCAAAGGGCUGGGGCAUGGCUUUCUGGAUUCCUUUUAUAUAUCAAGGUGUACGUGUCGGUGGCUUGCAAGAAGCAUUAAAGCAUUCUGAAUAUCAAAGAACACCUCACACUCCAAAUGAUUUCCCAGACUGCCAGGCAGGAAGGCAGUUUGCCAAAGAACUGGAAACCAGUCUUCUUGAACAAUUCAAACGACGUCCACCUGCAAAAAGGGCAAAUUAUGUCAAGCUGGGCACUCUAUCUCCUUUCAUCUGUCCUUGGGGGCAGCUGACAAAGAACUGGGAAGGAAGAAUGAAAGCUUCAGGAGGAUUUGUACGUCCUUCUUCCUCACACCCCGAGUGCUGCACAACUGAAGGGCAUAAUUACUGUGACCCCAAAGCAGAAGUGGUCAGAGAAGCUUCCCCUGAAACUGGUGAGGUAGAGGAGACCAUGGAAAUAACAAGUUCUGAAGGUGCCCUAAAACCAGAGGAUGUUACAAGCACCCAUGACCUUGGUGAGAGAGAUGAAACUAAGACAAGUGACUUUAUUGUUCUCAGGAGUGAGAAACUACUAAUGCAGUUAUCAGCCUGGUGCUAUCCCACUGCUGGAAAAGAUCGGCGAAUCCGUCUUAUUUCUCGACUGGGACAGAAAGAAAUGACUGAAGAUGUUUUUUUGCCAAUCCUGACGAGCUAUCCAAGGGCUCUUGUCUGGGUCAACUUGUCACUCUUGAGAAAGGGGAACCCUGAAUUACAUGCCAUGAUUUGCAUCCCAACAGAAGACGACUUGCUGCAUCUAAGCAAAGACAAACUCUUCUGUGGUCCUCAAGAACCCAAACAUCGUGACAUAUUCAAGGACAAGGUGCAGAGACAAAAAGAAGAGAAGAAGAAGAAGAAAAAGGGUGGCAUGAAGGCUUUAGAAGGUGACCCUCUGAGCGUUCCAGAUAAAGACACAACUGAAGACCACAAAGACCUCAUUCUUGGUCUUUGGUCAGAUGCUCUCCCAGAUGUUACUUCCCACUGCUCCAGGACUGUCUUGGGAUAUGUCACUCGAGGGGAUUUUUCAUUGGCUGCAGGGUGUGGAGAAGCUCUGGGUUUUGUUAGCUUGACAGGGUUAAUUUAUAUGUUAUACAACCAGCCAGCAGAUAAGAAAGGGCUUGUUUUGUUAAGGACUCCAGCAUCUUUACAGUACAGAUUUGCAAGACUUAAUAUUGAGGUUUAAGUAUAAUUGCAACGCAGUAGAAUGCCAAAAUACCAAAGAAUGCCUGUAUUGUACUCUGUGGCCUUUCUAAUUUGUCUCAAAUUUGAGGUUAUUCUGAGCCCCAACAUCUCUAAGAUUAUAAAAUAAUUAAAAGGCUUUUUAGCAUUAUUCAAGAAAAUAACUAAUGCAUAAACAGACCUAGUAUUACUUUUGAUGUCUGCAUUGCUAAGGAUUUCUAAUGGGUCAUUAUCACGAUCUUCUUUAUCUCUAAAGAAGCAUAUUCUUCAUUUUUCUCCUCAAAGCAGUGGAUGCUGUAACAAUAUACAGAAACUCAUCAUUUUCAUUUUAGAAACUUUUGGUCAGAUGGACUGUAGCUUCACAGUGCACUUUCACAUGUAACUGCAUGCAAUCUGAUCCAGUAUAUAUAGCAAGUGGCUUUCCUGAUUCCUCGUACUUGAAUAGAUGUGGCUGCAGUGCAAAGGAGCCGAGUAGAGAAACUUUGAACAGAAAGUUUAAUACUUAAAUGAAUGCAAAUAAUAUGUAGCCCAGCUAUAUAAUUUUGAAUUAUAGGAACUGGAGUUUUUAAAAUGGAAAGCAUAUCAGUCUCUCUCUCUAGUCUGAAAGGUAAUAAGCUUUUCAGAUGCAAAUUGCUGGUGGUGGGUCAGCAUACAUUUUCUGUUAAUAAUAGAGGAUAUUUUUCUUCCUUAUAACAUGAGAUUAUUUUUGUAUGGAAUGUGCUAGGGUUGAAAGUUUCUUCAUGUUACAGUAUGGUUCAUGAAUGUUGUUCAAACAGUCAAAAUUUGUAAAGCAUGCUGGGGGAUGAAGGGAGAAAGGUGUUUGAAUUCACUGGGGCAGUGUGUGUAGGUUAUUGGGUUUUGGUGUUCUGUUGGGUUGUUUUAUGAUAGCCUUAAGCAUUUAGCCAUUCUUGAAUUAAGCAGCUUGAAAAGGAAUUUACAACAGUACGCUGUAGUUAGUAGCAGCAUGAUACAAUAUAUGCCAGAUGGUAAAAUUACCCUGAAAUUAUAAUGUACAAAUAAAAACGUAAUCUAUUCUUGA